AGGGCUCGCUAUAUUAUUAGGUAGCGCCCACCGAUUCGCCGUCGUGUUUCGAGUUAUCUCAAGAGCAGUCGACUUGGUUCAAGGUCGGAAAGAUAAAACCUAAUUAGGUCCAGUUUAGUGUUACAAUCCGUUCAAACGAUUGGCUUGGCAAAAACUUUUCUGUUUUCAAUUGAUUUGUGUAGACAAAUAGUGAUCGAGAUGGCAGAUACACCGCCGAAAGAGUUUAGCGAAGACCCACGUGAAUUGAUUCCUGAGCUGUGCAGACAAUUUUAUCAUCUUGGAUGGGUCACAGGCACAGGAGGCGGUAUUUCUCUUCGGCAGGGAGAUAUUGUCUAUAUGGCGCCGUCAGGUGUUCAAAAGGAACGGGUACAAACUGAAGACAUAUUCGUGUCGAAUAUGCGUUCAGGCGACGUUCUAUAUGCACCGAAGGGGCUAAAACAGUCUGAAUGUGGGCCCCUCUUCAUGAAUGCGUAUCGUAUGCGUAACGCAGGCGCAGUAAUCCAUUCGCACUCGAAACAUACCGUUAUGGCCACACUUUUAUACCCAGGAAAGGAGUUUGUUGUAACUCAUUUUGAAAUGAUAAAGGGACUUCGUAAGGAUGGGACGUCGACAGCUUACCGUUACGAUGAGCGUUUGGUGAUUCCUAUCAUCGAGAACACCUGCUUUGAGAAAGAUCUUGAACAAUCGAUGGCUGAGGCGAUGCGCCAACAUCCUCAAACGCCGGCUGUACUUGUUCGCCGACAUGGAGCAUAUAUAUGGGGAGAAACCUGGCAGCGAGCAAAGACACAAGCGGAAUGCCUUGACUAUCUAUGUGAAGUCGCGGUACAGUCGAAGUUGGCUGGUAUCGACCCGACCAUCCCUCCUAAUGAAUAGCUGAAGAGACAUUACUCUAGCUAAUGAAAAUUUCGGUCACGCCUGUUUUGGGAAAUAUCUGAGUGGCUGAUAUAAUUGAACACCGGGUAAAUGAUAUGAACCUAAAAAACAAGAGGUCAAUUUGAAUGCAACGCUACCUCUUGUUAUAGGCAAUGAGGAAAAUUUCAUUAGUAAGGUAUUCCAUUACAUCGUAAACCUACAUUACUUAAGCUUCAAGAUGAAUAAAAAACGUACUGCAAACAAGACAGUAUUAGAAAUUUGUAUUGAAAGUUAAAAUUUAUAUUUUCACGUAAACAACCCUAAAUAAAUAUCACGUUGAUUUAUAAAGUUCUGUCGUUUUGACUA